CCACCCUUAUCCGCCUUAUCGCGUAGCACAAUAAACGGGAAGCGGGGCCUCGGCGGCCGCCGCGAAGGGCCGCGGCCGGGCGGGGCGCACUUCUCGUCGGGCGCCGUGGUUCUUCCCGUCGUGCCCAGUGGCUGAUAAAAAAAAAAAAAACUAAAAAAAAAUAAAAAUGCGUCACGGCGCCGUGUGGUUGCGGCUCGGGCCUUGAGGGCCCGUUGGGUGGCUCGGCCGGGGGUCACCGUACCGGUAGAUUCCCCCCCUCACCCUGACGCCCUGACCCAGCUCCUCCUUGAAAAGAUCAAGAGGCAACAGUCAAGAUCAGACAGUGAAGGAGUCUAAAAACACAAUUUCACAUAGAAGUCUGAUAACUGUGAUCAAGAAACAAUUGCAUUGCUUGCCUUCUGAUUGCCUUUUGCAAUAAAACCGCUUCGUAGUGUGUGCCAUCUUCUGUUAAAUCCGCACAAAUAGAGUGGAGUGCAGUAAAGUCAACCUGCGCAGCCGCCGUCUUUGAGAAAGGCAGAAGGGAGCUUGAGCCAUGGCAAGCCAGGCAUUUUCCCCAGAGGCUGCUUUCCCUCAUGGGAGGCGGAGGGAGAAAUGGGACCCCAGGCUUCUUUCAAGGGCAAGGACUUAAUGGCGAAAAAAAGAGAAUGUCUCCAGGCCUACAGCUGGUGGAGAACACCACAGAAGAAACGGAAGAAAAAGAACAAAAUAAAACCAGGAAGAAUAGAAUUUGUCCCUAGUAGUAGUUCAGCCAGACCAGAUUAUUCAAUAUUUGUUGGGGAACUUACUCCAGAAGUGGAUGAUUUCCAGCUCUAUGACUAUUUCCUAAAGAGGUACCCCUCAUGUAUUGACUGCAAAAUAGCAACAGACCUGUUGGGAUAUUCCAGAGGGUAUGCCUUUGUCAGAUUUGGUGAGCAAGGUGAUCAGAUGAGGGCACUGCAAGACUGCCAGAAUGCACCAGGUCUGGGGGGAAAACGAAUCCGGCUGAGCAUAGGAAUUUCUAAAAGACUUAAAGCAGAGUUCCAGCGGUACCAGUCAUACAACUAUAAUGAUUAUUACCAAGAUUAUCAGAACUACUACUCACAGUGGGGUUAUGAUCCCUAUGCUGACUACAACUACAGCUCCUAUACUCCCUAUGAUAGCAUGCAAGCUGUUGGAGACUGCUCUUUAGGAGAUGCUGUUAUGGCCCCAGCUGUGUUUGAGGAAACUGCAGCUAUGACUGAAAUCAAUGAUGACCUAAUAACUGAAGAUCCACAGCUUUACUUCGAUGUUGAUGAAAUGAACAGACAAUUUAUGGAGACAAGUGAAGAACUCUAUGAUUCCCUCAUGAAUUGUCACUGGCAACCUCUGGAUACGGUCACUUCUGACAUCCCCCCUGCUAUUUAAGUGUCUUAUAUAGCAUGACCGUUAUGACCAAGGGAUGCUCUUGGACCAACAGCUUCUUUCUAGCGCUACCUCAAAGUAACUUGCAGAUAUAACUCACAGGGAAGAUUGAUCAAAUGGUGAUGAUCCCUAUCAUUCUGCUGGAUAUAUAUAUAUUUGCCUUUUGUUUUGUCUCAUUCUUAAUAACAUUUAUUUAACUUCAGUGACUCAUGUCAAUAGACAUUGUUUGACUACAUUGACAAGUAUUUUCUGAGUCAUGAGUGUUAUUAAAGGCAUGUCACCAUAUGGAAAUUGUUCUAAAUAAGUAAAAUGGAAGUAAAAUAAGUAAAUAAAGCAGCACUUGAAUUUACAGAGCAAA